AUGCUAACGCUUUUACAAACGGAUUUCAGAACAGCGACGCGCAAGUUCAAGCGCAGUUUCGUGCGAAGAGCUUCACAAAUGUAUAAUCACUUUCUGGUGCGUUUUUUUGUCGGGAUGUAUGAUGUUCUGAUCAGCGUUUAUGGCGUCCGAUUUUACGCGGCGUGUUUUGACCCCGCCGGGCUAUUUGAGCGGUAUCGCUGUGGUUUGCACGCUGAUCAUCAACCUCUUGCUCAUCUGGCGCUGGAAUCUUUCUUCGUACGGCCUUCAGCUUCUGUUCUGGCCGAUUUCGGGGCCGUUUUUGUCGUGUCGUUGUUCUAUUUCUUUGCCGUAACCAAUCGCCAGAAGUUGCUCGAGCGGUUCGGGAAAGUAAAGUUGUUGAUCAUCAUCGCAGUCGUGCUCAAGGCUGCUGGUGAUUUCUGGGUGUUUACUGAUCGACUACGCUUCAAAAGCGUAUCGCUGGGG